AUGCACUUGAAAGUACACAUAUCGAAGAUACGUUUAAAAGAAUUACACCAAAAGAAACUACGAUUCAAACUGGCCAAAAUCCGAGAGGAGCAGAUGAAGGAAGUUGGAAAAGUUGGUUCGCACGAAAAGGCUAUAGUUAAGAAAUGCCCACUAUCUGAUGAUGAGGAUGAGUUGGAAAAACAGAUGCAAAAGAAAAUCGAUCUUGAUGAACUUGAAUCGCCUGAUUUAGAUGAUGAGCAGAAAGAAAUGCGUUGGAGACAACUCUCUCAUGAACAGCUUGAAACUGCGACGUUAGAACUUUAUAGUCGGGGCGGUUAUAGUCCAUCUUAUGGCGACAUCAAUGACACAAUGCCAGGAAUCGAGGUUUUGGACGAGGAAAGUGAUAUGAAAGAUUUAUUAAAACGAAGACAAGAAAAUCGGAAGAAACCGGCUGGUUUAACGGUUGGCCUUACUUUUUUUAUAAUGUAUACAAUCGCAUUGUUGUAUUUCAGUCAAUUUAAUCAGUUUCUGCAUGUUUUUCAGUCCCAUUUAUGGUCGGACAAAUAUCGACCUCGCAAGCCGACAUAUUUGAAUCGCGUCCAGACAGGAUUUGAUUGGAAUAAAUAUAAUCAGACGCAUUAUGACAUGGAUAAUCCGCCUCCAAAAAUCGUUCAAGGGUAUAAAUUCAAUAUUUUCUAUCCGGAUUUGCUGGAUGCAUCGCAGACUCCUUCGUUUACCGUCACACCGUGCGAUGAUCCAGAUUUUGCCGUUAUACGGUUUAAGGCAGGUCCUCCGUAUGAAGAUAUUGCGUUCAAGUGCGUGAAUCGUGAAUGGGAAGUCAGCCAUAAACACGGUUAUAAGUGCCAGUUCCAGAAUGGUGUAUUUCAGUUGUGGUUUGUGUUUAAACGGUAUCGUUACCGGCGGUAG